AUGUUGUUCUUGACUCACCAAAUACGGCAAAUUUCUCAGAUGCUCAAAAACGCUCAGACACUUAUCCCCAAAGACACUUACCCCAAAGACACUUACCACCAGAGACACUUACCCCCAGAGACACUCCUUGCACCCCAGAGACACCCCACCCCCAGAGACACUUAUCCCAGAGACACCAUCCCCAAACACACCCCAAUUCCAAAGACACCCAACACCAGAGACACUUCACCCAGAGACACCCCAAUCCCCAGGAGCAUCACUUACCCCCAGAGCAUUCUAACUCCCCAGAGACACUUAUCCCCAGAGACACUUAUCCUCAAAGACACUCACCCCCAAAGACACUUUCAAUUCCAAAGACACUUACCACCAGAGACACCCCACCCCAGAGCACACCCCACCCCAGAGACACUUACCCCAGAGACACCAAUUCCAGAGACACUCCUUACCCCAGAGACACGCAAUUCCCCUAGAGACACUUACCCCAGAGACACUCCCCAUCCCUAG